AUGGCACAGAAUGGUCUUACCAACGGCACUGCAGCCAUGUACGGCGGCGGUCCGAACGUUGUGCUCUCUUCGCCGGGCUACCAUUCGGACAUGCAGAUCCUCAUGGACAACAUGGAGAAGCUCUCUGGCACUCUGCAGCGGAAUCGACAAGAGUGGUCACAGGUACAGGAGGGUUUGGAAAGGGUAGGGCGGUUACAAGGCAGAUUAGCCAGAGAUGGCCAGCUGCCGCUUGUCAAUGGCGAUAUAUCUUCCCACGAAGAAACAGCCGACGAGUCGCCGAAUGUCCUCCAGCUCCAGAACGAGCUAGCAAACUCAUAUCACAGGCUCAACGACCUUCGAGAGAGCUUCACGCAACUCCAGGCAGUCCACGAAGAAUACUCCAAAGGCCUCGAAGCGGCAACACAAAUGGCCCAGGACUUCCAGGAGAAGGAGCAGAAGUACAUCCAAUCCGUCCACGAAGACUACUCGGCACAGCUACUCCAGGCGCGAAACGAAACUAUGCAGGCACAACUCACGCACCAAGCAUGGCAAGCGAGGCUGCAAACGCUGGACGAGACGGUGAAAGCGGCGUAUAAGGCGCGGGAAGAAGAGGGACAGCCGUAUCGGAGGAGAAUCGCGGCGUUAAAGGAGGAGAAUAGGAUUUUGAGGGCCAAGGCGGGCUGGGAUCCACCUCCGGAUAGUGAAGACGAGGACUGGGAUGAUGAGGGUAUAUUGGACGUCGAGGGCAAGGGACGCGGGAGCCAAGGGAGUCACGGCGCGGAGCGGGGCGACCGGAUGCCGAAUUUGGUGCAAGGGCUGGCUGGGUGA